AUGGAGGAAGCCGCGGAGACGGUUGUUUACGAGCAGGAUGCUGUUUCUUUCGGCGGUGAUGCACGGGGGAAGCACAGGAUCCUUGCAGAGCUUGGUCGCGUUGAACAGGAAGUCAGAUUCUUAGAGGUAAGUAACAUCUCCUUUCGAAAUUCCCACUUCCGAUGUGGCAAUUUGAUCCUCUCUACUUGUCGGCGCUGA